AUGCUUCAGAUUCUGACGCCUUUUGUUCCAAGCCCGCCUUGGGCCGCCAAUAUCCCGCGUCCAAGGUUGAGUGAGCGGAAGAGAGGGAGACAAACGUACACCCGGUAUCAAACGCUGGAGCUGGAAAAGGAGUUCCACUUCAAUCGGUACCUGACCCGCCGGCGGCGGAUAGAAAUCGCACACGCCUUGUGUCUCACGGAACGCCAGAUUAAAAUCUGGUUCCAAAACCGACGAAUGAAGUGGAAGAAGGAGAACAAACCCAAGCCGGACGCCGCGGCGUCCACGACGACGUCCAACGGCGCUUCGUCGUCGUCUUCCGACGCCGCCGAGUCGACCACUGGCAGCAGCGGCGGCGGCGGCGCCGGGAAUGUGGCCGGCGCUGGCAACGCGGCGGCCGUCGACACCAAAGUCAACACCGACAUUGACGUCAGACUCGCGGAAAACGGUAUCGGUUCGAGUAACGGCACAGGUUAGCUGGUGUAACGAUUGAUUCGCAGUCCCGCGAGAACCCCAACCAAAAAUGAAAAAAAACCAACCGAUCGAACUAAUACAAUGAAUAUUCUUUCCUUGCUCCUUUGAAAUAAAUUAAUAAAAGGAUGCCGUCAAAAAUUAGGUUUGAAUUGCUGCGCGGAUUUUGUAACGUCUCUGGGGAUGUGAUUUUUUUCAACUUUAUCCUCGUUGCUCAUUUUAUUAGAAUUAAAUGCAUCAGAUUCACACAAAAAAGAGGUGCCCGCUUUUCCCGAAAUUUCGUUCAAUUUAGUACAAAUAUAUUUAAAAUAAUUAUCAAUAUUUAGGAAAGUUAUCACCGAUAUUGUUUUAAAGGUUUGUGGGGAAAAAGUCGAGGAUUCCUGGAACUACUUUAAAAAAAAUGAUACAUGCAUUUUCCGCGCGUGCUUCGAUUUUCAAGCGGACUAUUACAGAAAUACAAUGAACUAAAAUUUUAAGAUACAGUACAGUACUGUACACUGACUGACAUUUUUUUGUCUAAGGAUCACAUCCCAGAAGAACUGUGACAAGCCGCUGUGGCAUUUC